CCGCCGCGGGAGGCGUCCGUGUAAGUGGGUAGUAGGGCUGGCGGGGACCUUCCUCGCGGGCCGGAGCGCGGAGCGCUGCCCCAGCCCUACGGCACUCGGGGUCGGGACCCCGGGGAGCCGCCCUCACACAUUUUCCAGGAGGGAUCGGAGGGGCGAUGGGGUGGUAAUCGGGGUGGGGGACACGCUGUACCCCACCGACGACCGCGCAGGCCACCUUCGCCUCUUUCCUUCACACUCCCACUAACCGCAGUGCUGGGGGAACAAAAUGCCCUCCUUCUGGAGCGAUUACCUUUUCCCUUUUGUGCUUUGGGGGAAACUGAGGACCCAGAGGGGUUCGCAAAGCAAGUCUGUGAAGUAGGUACUAUUGUCCCAAUUUUUACAUAGGAGGAAACGGCUCAGAGAGAACUUAGGUCCUUUGACCGAGGUCCUGCAGUUGGACAAGAUGAAGCUCAUCAUCCUGGAGCACUAUUCUCAGGCCAGCGAGUGGGCGGCUAAAUACAUCAGGAACCGCAUCAUCCAGUUUAACCCAGGGCCAGAGAAGUACUUCACCCUGGGGCUCCCCACUGGGAGUACCCCACUUGGCUGCUACAAGAAGCUGAUUGAAUACUAUAAGAAUGGGGACCUGUCCUUUAAAUAUGUGAAGACCUUCAACAUGGAUGAGUACGUGGGCCUUCCUCGACACCACCCGGAGAGUUACCACUCCUUCAUGUGGAACAACUUCUUCAAGCACAUUGACAUCCACCCAGAAAACACCCACAUUCUGGAUGGGAAUGCAGUCGACCUACAGGCAGAAUGUGAUGCCUUUGAAGAGAAGAUCAAGGCUGCAGGUGGGAUCGAGCUAUUUGUUGGAGGCAUCGGCCCUGAUGGACACAUUGCCUUCAACGAGCCAGGCUCCAGUCUGGUGUCCAGGACCCGUGUGAAGACGCUGGCCAUGGAUACCAUCCUGGCCAAUGCUAGGUUCUUCGAUGGAGAACUCACCAAGGUGCCCACCAUGGCCUUGACGGUGGGGGUGGGCACUGUCAUGGAUGCUAGAGAGGUGAUGAUCCUUAUCACAGGUGCUCACAAGGCAUUUGCUCUGUACAAGGCCAUCGAGGAGGGAGUGAACCACAUGUGGACCGUGUCUGCCUUCCAACAGCAUCCCCGCACCGUGUUUGUGUGUGACGAGGAUGCCACCUUGGAGCUGAAAGUGAAGACUGUCAAGUAUUUCAAAGGUUUAAUGCUUGUUCAUAACAAGUUGGUGGACCCCUUGUACAGUAUCAAAGAGAAAGAAACUGAGAAAAGCCAAUCUUCGAAGAAGCCAUACAGCGAUUAGCCUGUGCUGGGACCUAGUGUCAAGUACCCAUAGGGAAAGGCAGGUCUUUCUGGAAAUUGUCUUUAGAAGAAAGAAUUGUAUUUCUUUAAUCUAGUAUGGUUACUCCAGAUAAGUGGGUGAACUUAUUGUUCUUGGCCAUGAGGCUGGGAGCCUAGUCACGGAGUUUAGCUAUAGGGAGAAUGUUUGUAACUUAAUCAGAAAAAAAAAUCUGCAAAAUGUACUCCAUCAUUUUGAUGUCUGCCAAACCCAGGUUGGGAGUUUUAAACUUUUUGUUCUGCUUCAGGCAUGGUUCACACGUAUGACACACUCCCGUCAGGAAUUUCUCUCCUUACACGCACUGAUUUUCAAGUGGGAGGGAAUUAGGGGCUUAUGUUUAUUGGAUACCACCUCUUUGAAGAGUCUUGAGAGUCCUUCUUGCACAGGCCUGCCCCUUGGUUGAGAACCAUUGUUCCAAGUUAAGGCACAAACUCUCAAUAUCUAAAAUAAGUGCAAGGAAGCAGUCUCUUUGGUCAGUAACAAGUGCAAUGGAAAGAAAACGAUCCCUUCCUUCUUCCACUUUCACAGCUUUUCUCUGAACUAGGAGAACCUGGGGGUGGAUUUGGGUGGGUGGGUGGGGCCAAAGAUGAGGCUUCUAUUGAUAAAUCCAGAGCCUCAAGGGGCCCAGCCACGUCAAACUUCUCUCCCUCAGGGACUCUCCAGCACCAAAAGGCAGAAGGUGGAAGCCGUUUUCCCCCCAGAGCCCUGUGUUUUUGUGAAAGGCCUCACUGUGGCUCCUCUGUUUUACAUACUCAUUAGUAAGUGGGAGGUCCACUGGGGCAACAGACACUGCCACAAUUUCAGUGUUGUGUUCAGCCAAGGGGACGGUCUGGGCAGGCAGCUUAAGUGUGAGUUUAGUCACAACUCCUGAGUGUCCCGCUCUCCUGCUUACCUAGGAGGUAAGUGCCAGGAAAAUACACCAAAUGCUUCUAGUAUUGUUUCCCCACUUAAAAUAGUCCUGCUUAAAUUCACAUGGUGUGGUCUGAUGUUCUGAGAACAUCAGGAAAUACAACCCUUUUGCCCAUUUACCCUUCUCCCCGGACCCCAAGGUGGUCUGUUGCUCUGGCUUCCUUUCAUUGUCUUAGGCCUUCAUGGAGUGGAUGCUGCCUCCUCCUGGCUGUUUUUGUGCCUGUUUGAAGCUACUGCUGCCUCCAUUUCUGGGAAAGACCUUUGAGAGCCUAGCCCAGGCCUAAGGGCUAUGUUUGGUACCAGUGUUUUGUCUUUAGCUUUUCUAUGUGAUUGUGCCGUCAUUCUGUUUUAAGCUCAUGGAUCAAUGGAUUUGUUUACAAUGUGAUAUUUUCUAUUAAAUCCAGUAUUUUCAAAUAA